UGUCAACAGUCCGAUAUGCCAUCUAGCAAACUGCUAUAUAAAGAGAUAAGCUGUACCCCACUAAGAAGACAAGUUAGUGAUCGUGCUGGCAUCAUGAAUGGUCUGCGCAAACUUCUGCUUCUGACAUGUCUUGGACAAAUUGCACUCGGGAGUGACAUCAUAGAUGGAGAAAAAGCCCCAGAGAACUCGCUGCUGUUUAUGGUGUCGGUGCAGAACGUCUUUGGUCAUGCAUGUGGAGGAUUCCUCAUUACUGAGGACUUUGUGGUCACUGCCGCGCACUGUGACGACUUUUACCGUACUACACAUGUUGUCCUUGGCACCCACAAUCUCAAGACGAACCCUAAAAAAAUAAUCAUUGAAAAGAAAUUCAAGCACCCAUCAUAUCAGGAUGUUGGACACGGUAAUGACAUCAUGCUACUUAAACAACUUCACAACAAUGCCAACAGCAUGUUGGCAAACACACUGAAGCAAAACAGACCACAGAAUAAGCAAGACAUUUUCCUCUCUAAAGUUUAUAAAAAACCAAGAGAGGAAAGUCUUGGUUUCACAGAGACCAUGGCACUGAGCUUCUUCCUUGUGCUGUUCUUUGUCACCACUGGAGCUGAUGGCGCUCAUAUUGUUGGAGGCAGAGAUGCUGCCCCCAACUCGCGUCCAUACAUGGCCUCGUUGCAAGUCCAAGGUCGCCACAUCUGUGGAGGAGCACUUGUGGGGGAGAGCUUUGUGGUCACAGCAGCCCAUUGUGAGGUUCCCAUACCAUACACUGUGGUGCUUGGAGUCAAUUCCCUGAUAGGUAACGAGUCCACAAAGCAGGAGUUCACAUCUGCCAGAGUCAUUCCACAUCCACAGUAUGAUGGACACCGGAAUGACAUCAUGCUCAUACAGCUUAACACCAAGGCCGUCCUGAACAACGCAGUGCAGCUGAUUACUCUGAAGGCUGACAGGCUGAGAGCAGCGAGUCAGUGCCUCACAGCUGGCUGGGGGGAUAUCGGUGAUAACAACACCUUACCGCUCAGGCUUCAAGAAGUCAACGUCACCACGCUGUCGGCACAGGCAUGUCGAAGGAGAUGGGGGCAAGUUCCCAUCACCAGAGCGAUGGUUUGCGGCGUGGGGGGUCGUGCCAUUCAAGGCUUCUGCUCUGGGGAUUCGGGUGGUCCACUUGUGUGUGACGGAGCUGCAGCAGGUGUCGUCUCCUUUUCUGGGCGGCGAUGUGGAGACCCUCGAACCCCAGAUGUCUACACACGCAUAUCGUCCUUCAGGGAAUGGAUAACAGACGUGAUAAGAAACAGUGAGGCCAGUCAGAUUGAAUGAUAAUGUGUCAGCAUGCUUGAUUGAAUUGUAACGCUGUGCUUGUUGAGAUGAGAUAAUGUUUUUUUCUUUUUGUCACCUUGUGCUCAUCAGUAUUUGUGUUAUAUGGGAUGCUUUCCAAAUAGCAAAGUUCAUCAUGAAUCUAUCUGGAGCUGAAUGUAACAAACUAAGCUUAAAAAUAAAAUAAAAUUCUGAGGCUCUUUGUGUUGCAUUGAA